ACUUAGAUUAAUCCCUCUGCCAAACAAUAAAUGGAACCAAAAAAGUUAAGUUUCCUUCUCUAAAUUAUAAGACACAUUGUAGCACACUAUGAAAUAUAACAUUCUCACCAAAAAAAACUUAACUGACCAUAUAUGGUAGCUCCAAUGCCACCUAAUCUCUGGCAUUAACAUUAACAUGUUUUCACAAAAGGAAAAAAAUGGAAUAAAAGACAUCACGAGAAAAAUAAAUAAAAUAAAUCUAAACAGUUUGAAUGUUACAAUGGCCAGCCAGGAGCAUUUCAACUUCAAGCCGCCAGUUGGUGGCGAUAAACAACUAUCUUGUUUGGUCUGCGGCCACGUAACGAAACAGAAGAAGAAUCCCGUACGAUCCCGUUCGUUGCAGCAGCAACGUUCACACGGAGGUACAAUAAUAAGGCAAUUCCGCGGCUUAAGCAGACGUCCACCUAGCAAUGAAUACGCUGUCAACCUGUCAGUUUUCAGUAGACACACCGGAGCUGCAAUGAAGGCAGGGGCAUCGUCCGUGUGGGCUUCAUGCUGUGGUCUGCUGAAUGAAGUUAUGGGUACUGGAGCCGUCAGAGGUCAGCAGCCAGGGUUUGGGGCAGGUGCUGGGCCCUUUAGAUUCACCUCCAGUGCGGGAUACUCCACAUACCCGCCCACAAGCUCAGGGAGUCCAAGCCUUGUGUGCAAGUCCUGUGGUCUGGCCUUCUCAGUCUUCAGGCGGAAGCACAUUUGCUGUGACUGCAAGAAAAGCUUCUGCUCCCUCUGUUCUGUGCCUCUGGAGAAUGUGCGUGUAUGUGCUACGUGCCAUUUGCUGAAGGCAACAUCUUUCCAUCGGCCGCGUCUCAUGCGUCUGAGGGUUAGGGACCUGCGACAGUAUUUGUUGCUCCACAAUGUCCCUACCGAUACCUGCAGGGAAAAAGAGGACUUGGUGGACCUGGUGCUUUGUCACCAAGGCAGUGAGGAGGAGGAGGAGGAAGAAGAGGAGCUUGACACAAGUAGCCUCCAUUCACGUUCAAUAUAUACUCCGCCACCUUCGACCACACAGUCUGCCUCAGAGCUGUCCCAACUAGCUGCCUCUCGGGAGGAACCUCUUAGCAGGAGUGAUAGUUCUGAUAGCAGUCAGGACAUAGGUGAUGCCACAUCAGUCUCUCUCCUCAACUUGGACCCUAGUGAUCCCACACCUGAGACGAGCCCUCAGACACAGCGUCUGCUACGAGCCUCUCUUUCAGACAUCUCCAGCAUAAGUGAUAUCGAGGGCCUCUCUGUCAGGCAGUUGAAGGAGAUCCUGGCCAGGAACUUUGUCAACUAUUCAGGGUGCUGCGAGAAGUGGGAGCUGGUGGAGCGGGUCAGCAGACUCUACAGGGAAACUGAAGAAAACAGGAAAUCAUUGGAAAAUGUGAGCAGUACUUUAACCAAAGUGGUGGCCUUUCCCUCUUCUAUCUGCAAUGGGGCCAUUGGAGAUGGUGAGAAAGGUCCUCCGAUGUUCCUGGACGAGAACUUGUGCAGGAUCUGCAUGGAUGCUGUCAUCGACUGCGUUCUGCUGGAGUGCGGCCACAUGGUGACCUGCACCAAGUGUGGCAAGAGGAUGAGUGAGUGCCCCAUCUGCAGGCAGUACGUUGUGAGGGCCGUGCAUGUCUUCAAGUCUUAAUGCAACGUCAACACCGCUUCAGACUCAGACGGUACCUUAAAUUACAUCCACGGAAUCCUCUUUUGUGCAUGUUUCAAGUUCACAUGAUUUGCACAUUCUGAAAUGUUAUUGCUUUUCCAGUAAGCAUAAGUCUCACUUGAAUCAUUCCUGAUGUGACCAUAUCUAGCCUGUUUUACAACCAAAAGAAUGUUGAAUCUGGGUGCACCCUCAGAUCUGCCUAUUAAGUGUAGCCAGUCUAAUGUAGACAGAGCACCUCCUUACACAACUACUGCAAGUGACUACAUAUCUUAGUAACACCAAGGAUGCACACACCGGCAAGAAGGUACGCAAAUGGUGCCAAAUGACAGGUGAGGAUUCGUGCUUCUCACCCAUUCCUUAACCAUCAAAUUCUUCCUCUUUUAGUGGGUGAAUUUGUUUCUAUUUAGCAGGUACAAGUUUAGCCUCACUCAUCAGUUUAUAAGCUGUAGAGGGGGCAGAGAUGGGAUGUCUAUUAAAUACUUGUUGUGUAGGUCAAUAAGCAGAUGAAUUGCAGUUGAGUAAAACAAUUAGAAAUCUUAAGUGGUUGGGAAUGAGGACUUUUUCAAACGCUUUGCAGUACACGCUUUUAUCAAGAUGUUAAAUUCUCUAACAUAAGGUCUGUCAUUACAGCAAUAGUUAAUCUCCGUUGCCGUCUCAGCACUUGAGACAAAAAUCGGUGCUAGUCAUCUUCACUAUUUUAUAGUCAAACUGUGGAUAUAAACGAAUGUUCAUUUGAUUUUUGUUGUCGUUUACAGUCUCACGUGAAAUGAAGUGUCUUAUUUUUUCAAAUUUCUUAAGUAGGAAUAAGUAUUUGUAGUAAUGAACUACUGGUACAUGGUAAUGGGUGUAGGUAUAUAUAAAAUGUCUUGCUAAUGUACAUUUGCAUUUAUAAAUGCAUAUGAGAAACGUCUAUUUUUUUCAUUGAUUUAACAUAUGUAAAUAUUUGAAUUGUCCCUUGGAGUUGUAAGUUAAUAUGGUUUGUCCCUCUUACAUUUUUCUUGUUCCAAACAUACCACCUCAGAUCUGUUCCAUGUUUUUUUAUGCUUCUUGAUUGCAAACUUUUUAUCAAACCCAUCUCUGUACCUUACCUGCACAAAUAUCAAGCUGCUAUUACAGUAAAGACCUUCAAAAACUUCAUCAAAGCAGGAUGCACUUUUCUGUUAGAGGGACAGUAUUGUGUGAAAUGUUUAGUCUUUGGGGAUUGUUUUAUUUUAAUAAAGAAUUUUUAUAUGAAUAUGUCCAUAGACUUUA